UGUUUCUAUGUCUCUCCCUGCAGCCUCACCAUUACCUCCAGGGCAGAUUGCUGCUGAGGUCCUGGGGAUCUUCUGCCUGGUGUUGGUGGCCACCAUAAUAAAAACCGUAGUCCUGAUUCCUGCUACUACUAAAGAGCCAGAGCAGAAUGAUUUCUCCUCAGAGCAGAAUGAUUACUCAAACCUAACAAAGAUUCAGAAAGCAUAUCCUUGUGGCCGUUGUCCAAAGGGGUGGUUUUCAUACUCCAACAACUGCUAUUACUUUAGUGCUGAAAAAAACACCUGGAAUGAGAGUGUGACGGCCUGUCAGUGUAUGGACUCUCAGCUGCUCUACGUAGAAUCUGAGGAAGAAAUGAGAUUUAUGAAAUCCAUAUCAGUUUUGUCAUGGAUUGGAGUCUACCGUAACGACAGUGGUCAGCCGUGGACACUGGUAAAUGGGUCAGCUAUCCAACUAGAGAUAAGAAAACCAGUACCUGCUGACUCUCACUGUGUUAUGCUAGACUCUUAUGGAUAUUCUGGCUGCAAGAAUACAAUGGGAGAUGUGGAUUUGGGAUCCAACCUUCCAUACUUGACUCCUUGUGAAGGCAGAUUUCAUGUCUGUAAACUGUCAUCAUUUUUGUCUCCUUUUUUUCUCAGUGUUUCUAUGUCUCUCCCUGCAGACUCGCCAUUACCCCCAGGGCAGAUUACUGCUGAGGUCCUGGGGAUUGUCUGCCUGGUCUUGGUGUCCACUGUAGUAAAAACCAUAUUCCUUAUUCCUGCUACUACUAAAGAGCCAGAGAAGAAUGAUUUCUCCUCAGAGCAGAAUGAUUGCUCAAACAUAACAAAGAUCCAGAAAGCAUAUCCUUGUGGCCCUUGUCCAAAAGGGUGGUUUUUGUACUCCAACAACUGCUAUUACUUUAGUGCUGAAAAAAACACCUGGAAUGAGAGUGUGACGGCUUGUCAGUGUAUGGACUCUCAGCUGCUCUACGUAGAAUCUGAGGAAGAAAUGAAAUUUAUGAAAUCCAUAUCAGUUUUAUCAUGGAUUGGAGUCUACCGUAACGACAGCAGUCAGCCAUGGACACUGGUAAAUGGAUCAGCUAUCCAACUAGAGAUAAGAAAACCAGUACCUCCUGACCAUCACUGUCUUAUGCUAGAAUCUAAAUAUUAUGCAGAGAAAUGUGAAGAUAAAAAUAUGUAUUAUUACUCGCCAUUACCUCCAGGGCAGAUUGCUGCUGAGGUCCUGGGGAUCCUCUGA